AUCAGUUUCCUUGUUUUCUACCAUGGUGUCCCCGCAAACCCCUGGCCCAGCACCAGACUCUCCUCGCUCUUCUCAAUCACCAGUGCCAGAGGGUCAUCAAGGGAACCUUGAGCUUGAACUGCUGGGACUAGCAAACGCCCUGUAUAAUCUUGGGACAACUGUUAUCAAUGACUCUACAAAGGAGCGAGACAAACCUGGCGGCGGCAAGCAGGUCGGUCUACGUGUUAACCAGGUGGUCCAACACCUCAGUACUGUCGACAAUAUGGCCCUCGAUACACGGACAAUGAUACCCAUGCAAAUCUUGACCGAUAUCGACAAUGCUCGAAAUCCAAUGCAGCUUACUAGGGAAAGACUGGAACGCACUGCGACUGAGAAUCAAUUUAUGAAUGGUAAAAUUGCUGCUAUUGCUUCGUAUCGUGAUUACCUGAACGAAGCUCUGUGUCAGAAUUUUCCUGAGCUGGAAGAACUCCUUCGCCCUGCAUCAGAUGCUGUUGUGGCUGGUACGCCCUCACAGCUAGCUCACGAGAUUGUACCCGCCAUCGCAGAGUCAGUCCCGAACGGGUCCCUUUGAAAAUAUGUCGAAACGACGCUAAAUUGUGAGAUAAUUGGGGUCAUUGGGAACAUCGCCCGAGGCGGCACUGAAGAGCAGGCUAGUCCGUGUAGGAAAUGAUUUUGACCAGUUACCAGUAUAACAUAUCUGAUACUCAGUACGUACUAGAAGAAAAUAGACGUAGUUGUAUAAGCGCCCUC